UUUAGAUUCAUAUAUGGUAGUUUUUUUUAGUUUCUGCUUACAACCCUUAAGGGUGUUGUGCGCGUUUGUCGUCAGUCAUUUGUUAUUUUUAAAAAUCCAUAACUCUAAUUAUUUGCUAAAUAUUGCACUAACAUAAACUUAUAAUCAAAAAUGACGGAAUCUAAAGAAAACAUUUUUCUAUUUGUGCCCAAUAUAAUUGGUUUUGCGAGAGUGAUUUUGGCGAUUAUCUCAUUUUAUUACAUGCCCACCCACUGCGUGCUUGCUUGUACGUGUUAUAUUACAUCAGCUUUAUUGGAUGCAAUCGACGGUCAUGCGGCAAGGUAUUUCAAUCAAAGUACCAAGUUUGGUGCAAUGUUGGAUCAGCUUACUGACCGUGCUGGCACCAGCUGUCUCAUGAUGACGCUGGCAACCUUCUACCCUACCUAUACAUUCUGGUUCCAAAUUUCCAUGGCUAUUGAUAUCACUUGCCAUUGGUUGUAUCUCCACACUUCCACCCCAGGAAAGACUUCACACAAAUUUAUUGACAUGUCUGAGAAUCCUAUUAUGCAUUUGUAUUAUACAAACAAAACUGUGUUGUUCUUUAUGUGUGCUGGAAAUGAAGCAUUCUAUGCUGCUUUAUAUGUCAUGUAUUUCUACACAGGACCUGUUGUGUUGGGAAUGGGCCUAUUCAAGCUGAUUGCCCUUAUUUCAAUGCCUGUGGCGGUAGUCAAGGCUGGGAUAUCAGUUUUGCACGGCAUUGUAGCAUCCCUCAACCUGGCCACCAUUGACGUCAACGAGCGAGCCGCCGCCGCCAGCAAACAAAAGAAUUAGGUCAAACAUUCUGCCAUAGGGAGACACAUACAAUACCUGACCUUUUAUGUUUACAUAUAUGGAGUAAAUGAUAAAGGUUUAAUUAUUAUAUUAGCAUACUGGUCGUGGGAAAAUGUUUUUAUAUUUAUUUUUAAAGUAUAGAAAAUCUAUUUUGUCUAAAAGGGUCAAGUGUAAUUUUUUUUGUGGGUAAUGAAACUGAACAAACUCGUAUAAUAAUUGAACUUUCCAGUUCUAGUGAUCUUUGCUGGUCUCAAUUGUUUCUAGUAUUAUAUUCAUGUAUUUAGAUGCAUAUACAGUUUGGCUCGAAUACAGUGUAAAAGAUCAUUACUAUUCAUUAGCCUCAUGUCUAUUUUUUAGAACUUACAUUUAAUUUAUUUUAUACAUCACAUUUGUGUUGCAUAGCAAUACUAUACAUAUUUUGGAACCUAUCCACGUCGAAAAAGUAUAUUAAAAGCCAAAGAAUUUUGUUUUCAUUAGAUGACUUUAUUGUAUUCAUACAGUAGUUAAUGCAUUUACUUGGUCAUUCCAAAGUAGUUGAACAUUGUGGAAUGCUUUGUAUUAAAUCGUAUUAGGUAUAUUAUUAUGUAUUUAUGUAAUUAAGUUUACAAGAGUCAUGGUACUUGUUAAUUUUAAAGUCUAAUUUCGAUUUUAAUUUUUCGCAUUUAAAGUUAAAUUUUGUUAUUUUUUUUAUAUCAAAGAUAAUUUGAAAAAACUACAGAGAAAUUAAAUACACAUAAUUGUAUGUAAGAUAACAUACACACAAUAGAUCACAUGUUUUUUCUUCUUUAAGUUUUGCAUUUAAGACAAUUAUUGUCCUAAAUUAUUAUCAUAAAAAAAUAUUCAAUGAAAUCUUGGGCCUAUUUUGUACAAAAGUGUAAAUUCUUCCCUUUCAUGGAAAUUUGAACUGUAGAUUUUGAAAAAAAAAACAUAAACGAAAUUUAUAUGUUCUGUCGCUAUAAAUCAAAUUCUGUAAAGUAAUACAAACUGAAAUCAUAAGGCGACAAUUUAAUAAUAUUCAGUUUUCAUUGAAAUCCUUGAUUCUCUUUUCACCAUGUUACGCGGUUUUAUAGUUUUAGAAUUAACUAGAAUUUCAUAUAAAUUUAUUAUGUAUAAAUAGUUUCAUUUCCAAUGUGUUUUACGUAUCGAAAAAUAUAUAUAUAUAUUUAUCUGUAAAAAUGUAUAUAAUAUUCUGGCUAAUAUAUAAAUAUUGCUCACACAAUCUAUUAUAAAUUGUUAUAUUUAUAAAUAACAAACCAAUAGCUGGGUGGACAAAAGCAGUGGAACCUCCAUAAUUCAAAAUAAGAAAAAUACUUAAUCCUGUAAAGACUAUAUCAGUGAAAGUGUUAUUUUUUCAAUCAAUUAUAUUUAUAUAUCUACAUAGUUAAUAUAAGGCAUGUCACCCUUAUGUACAUGAAAAAGCACGAUAUCAAAAUAUCAAUAUAAACCAUAAUAUAAUAAAUGCGGAAGCAACAGUCGGUUACGUUUUCAUGGCUGAGCCACUGGUACAGAGAUAGUUUUUAACCUGGAAAGUACAUAGUGUGACAUUGGCCCAGAGAAAAGUUUAAUCAUGCAGGUGGAACCGUGAACAAAAGUUUAUAUAUUAAUGUGUAGUCUUGUGAUUUGUGAAUCCUACUAAGCUUAAUUUUAAUUAUGUAUUGUAUUCAAUAGGGAAUUUGUGUUACCAUGUAAUUUUACCAUGCUGUAGUUACAUAAUUUGUUGUCCAAUAAAUAUAUAUUAAAUU